CACUGUAAUUCAAGUCAAUGUUUUUUGUUGCAAUAGUGCCCCUGUGUGGUUGAAAAGAUUAUUGUUUGCAUGGAUUGUGUUUAGCUGAUUGGUUGAGGGUGAGAGAGCGGAAGCAGGAAGCAGGAACGCAGCAGCCUCGAUUCAGCGGAGAAGUUGUUUGCAAAAGAGAGCAGAAAAUAAGGAAAUGCAAAAGGAAACAUGGACGAUCAGCAAACAUAACAGCUCCCACACAUUUGAACAGAAGGCGCACACGUUUUUCACGUUGCUUCUUGCCCAGCUAAAAAGAAAUAAAACGCUGGCAAAUUCAUCAGUUGAAGCGUGGCCUAUUUCUGUGCAAAUAAAUAACCUGGGAGCGGUUAUAGUGAAAAACGUGUCCCCUGCCGUUAUCAACGAGGAAACAUCGCUGCACCGGCGUGAGAGGGGCCAGCCAGCGAAAGAGCGAUGAGUGAGCAGCGUGGCUUCAGCUUGACCAUGCUCCAAGGGAAAGAGGUCUACGUGGAGUCCUUCACCAGCCUCCAUGGUUCUGCAGCGGCUGGAUAUCCAAACCUCAAACAGUUUUUCCAGUGGAAUUGAAGACUAAAGCUUCACUUCAGCACAAUGCAAGUCUACAGUAAGCCCAAGCUUCACAAGGAUACCAGGUCAGACUGUGUCUAUAGACUCUAAGAAAAAAAAAAAAAAACUCAAAUACAAAGAAGAAGAGAUAAAGAAAAAGAGUUCAAAGGAGUUAAGAGAGUUAAAAUUGUUUACAAAGUGUUUUUGUUUAUUUUUGCUGUGACACUGGUAUUGUUUGAUAUUUUAAUAUUGGGUUAACUUUGAAAUAUUUGAAGUCUAUUGUGCAACACUGAGAUGGAAGAUACUUCAGAAACACGUCUGUUAGAAGAAGUAAUUGAAGCAUUAGAAAAAGAGAAGGCUUCAUUAGAGGUAAAACUAAUGGAUGAUCUUGAAGACAAAGAAAAACAAGAGAUUGAAAUACGCCUAGGUGAGAUCCAUGCAGAUCUUGAAAUUCAAAGAAUAGGCCAACGUCCAAUCCAAACUUUACCUGGAGUUGAAACAGAAGUGAGGCGCUCAGACAGAGAAAGAAACCUAACUGAGAAAAUGUUGGAACUGAAAAGAGAUGACAUACUGAGCAAAGAGAGAAGUUUUAUGUCAACCUACUUGCACUUUAAAGCUGAGGUUCAACUCACAAGGUCAAAACUGAAAGGAGAAUGCUCUAAACUUGAGUUAGGUGACAUGAUUCAAAGGGUUGAAAAAUGCGAGUCAGAUUUAAAGCAAAACUAUGUAUCUUUACGUGCACUGACCGCACCAUCCCAAGACAUAAGGAGAAAAAUGGACAGUGGCAGUUCGGUUUGUACUGAUAUCAUAAAGCUUCUGAAAAGGCGUUAUGCAGAUUCUGACAAGGAAUUUAAUGCACAAGCUGCAAAGGAAUCAGUCUUUCAAUUACUGCAAAGAGAGGAUGCGAAGUCAAUUUAUGGCUCAACUGUGUCAAGACAGAGAAGUCAACACAGAAGUCUAAGUGAGCACGAAAGCCAAUUUUCUGCAAAAAGGGCUGAAGCAGCAGCACGUUUAGCUUCAAAACGAGCAGAAAUAAAAAGAGAAAUGGAAAUCUCAAAGCAAAGACAGGAGAUUCUUGCUCAGCAAGAGAAGCUGAAAAUGUUGGAGAACCAAAGAGAUCUUGAGGCAAUAGAGGCAGAGUACAAUGUAUAUGCUGAAGAAGAAUCAAAGAUGGAUGCUGAAAGAACUGCAAGUGAAAUAAAGGUCACUUCAAGUCAGCUUCCAAAACAGCAGCAGAACAAUGUCUCACGCCCAGAAGUUCUUUGUAAGCCAGCGCCAGCUUUACCUGAGAUUAAAGGUGAAAAGAUUUUCCAAAGGGUGUAUGUCCCACAAACUUGUGACAGGAAUCCAAUGCCAAAAGACACUGAAGUAGCAUUAGUCCAAGCGUUAAAGGACUCGUUGACAAUGACAAGACUGCCAGCUCCUGAACCAUUUACAUUUAGUGGGGAUCCGCUGAAAUUCAUUGAGUGGAGCACUUGUUUCAAAGCUUUAAUAGAGACUAGCUGUGUUGAUCCAGCUCACAGAUUGUUCUACCUGAAAAAGUACAUAAGUGAGGAAGCACUUACUGUAUUAGAAGGAACAUUUUAUAGAAGCGAUGAGGAAGCUUACACCCAGGCUUGGGAGGCUUUGAAUAAACGUUAUGGCCAUCCAUUUGUUGUCCAGAGAGCGUUUAGAGGAAAACUAAGCAGUUGGCCAAAGAUUGGGUCAAAGGAGUCUCUGAAACUGCGAGAGUUUAGUGAUUUCCUCAUUUCAUGCAAAAACGCUAUGCCUCAUGUACAAGGUCUCAGGGUAUUAGAUGAUUGUGAAGAAAAUCAAAAAAUACUCCUCAAGCUACCAGACUGGGCAACAACACGUUGGAACAGAUAUGUGACUAAAACACUGGAUGAAGGAAAAGAAUAUCCAAGUUUUGCGGAAUUUGCUGACUUUGUGGCUGAAGAAGCACGCAUAGCAUGCAACCCAGUCUCGUCCUUGUUUGCACUGCGAACAUGUGACAAACUAGACAAGGAGCAAAAGCGUCCUAAGGCGAGUGCCUUAACUACUACGAUAAAAGGAAACAAGAAUACGAAGGCAGCAAGCACAGCUCAAGAAAUCAAAUCUCCCCCUUCCACAAUUCAGAACAAAAGACAAAUUGAGUGCAUUUGUUGCAAGCAAAGCCACUUUAUUUACAAAUGUGUAAAAUUUGCUGAAAUGUCUCUGGAGGAAAAGAAGAAGUUUGUUUCUGAGAAUAAUAUGUGCUAUAGUUGUCUGAGAGUUGGCCACAUUUCAAAAAACUGUCGGCAAAAGGCUACUUGUAAUGUGUGCAGGAAAAACCAUCCUACUCCACUUCAUGAGGACCGUCCACAAGUGGACAAACUUGAAACGCCACCACAAGAAGAUGCUUCUGCAGUGUCGAACAAUGUGAGAAUAGACAAUAGUGACCGUACUUCAAUGAUUGUGCCGGUAUGGUUAUCUUGUGCAGAAGGUAAUGGGCUUGAGAUCUUAGUUUACGCGCUCCUAGAUACUCAAAGCAGCAACACGUUCAUAGACCAAGACAUUUGUGAAAAGAUUCAAGCACUCACAGAGUCAGUUAAGCUGAAACUGACAACAAUGACAGACAGGGGUUCAAUUGUUCAGAGUCAAAGAGUGAAUGGGCUGAAAGUAAGAGGCUACUAUUCACAAGAGUACAUUGAGUUACCUCCCACAUACACUCGUGAAUACAUCCCCCUUGAACAAAGCAGUAUUCCCACUCGAGAAACAACAAAGGGAUGGGCACAUCUUCAAGGUAUUGCACGAGAAAUGCCAGAGUUGCUUGAUUGUCCUGCAGCACUUCUUAUUGGCUACGAUUGUGCAAGAGCUCUGAAACCAAGAGAAGUAAUACCAGGCAACGACUACGAUCCUUAUGCAAUCAAAACAGACUUAGGUUGGAGUAUUGUCGGAUCUAUCAAGCCUUUGACAAGUUCAAUGGAUGUAACCGGAGCGUGCCAUCGUAUCACUGUUAAAGAGCUGCCAUCCAUCACUCCCUCUUCUGUGAUCAAAGUGUUGGAAACAGAUUUUCGGGACACAAAUCCCAAAGAUGGAAACAUAUCACAAGAGGACAUUCAAUUUUUGCAGCUCCUCAAUGAAAACGUACACAUCAAUGAAGAAGGUCAUUUGGAAAUGCCUUUACCUUUCAGAGAACGUCCCCAGCUUCCAAACAACAAACAGCUCGCAAUAACACGGCUCAAGCACUUGAAAGCAAAAUUGGAAAGGAAUCAGAAGUACAAAGAGGAUUAUGUGAAAUUUAUGAAUCGUGUAUUUGAAGAUGGUGAUGCAGAGGAAGCAGUCGGCACAUCUGCAGAUGAUGUCACAUGGUAUAUACCUCACCAUGGGGUAUACCAUCCUAGAAAGCCAGAGAAAGAGCGUCGUGCAGGGAAAGUCGCUGCCGUCUCAGAAACACUCGGCGGAACCUUCAUGCCGCUUGUUUACUCCUUCUCCUCCCACAUCCAGCGUGUUGGGCCGCUGCCAUGA